GUUCUGAAACGGCAAAGAUGCUUCUUGCGCUACUUUUUGCAGUGGUCUUUUUCUUUGGCUUUCGCUAUUGUUUUCCCUACUUUUUGCAUGACCUUUACUUAAUUUAUAUCAGACUACGGUUAAGGUACCGUAUUAAGAAAUGCAUGAAGACAAAUUACACCAUUACAGACCACUUUUUGGACGUGGUAAAGACGACACCAAACAAGCCUUUUGUUUAUUUCCAAGAUGAGUGUUUUACGUACAAACAGGCAGAUGAGCUCAGUAACAAAACGGCUCGUGUUUUUCUCCAAAGCGGUCUGAAAAAAGGUGACGUGGUGGCGCUAUUUUCUCAAAACAGCCCAAUGUUUGUUUGGCUUUGGCUGGGGUUGACGAAGAUUGGAUGUGUCGCAGCUUUUAUCAACUUUAACAUCCGAUCCAAAUCCCUUUUGCACUGUUUUGAAGUUAGCGGAGCCAAAGUACUGGUGGCAGCACAAGAGUUACGAGAUGCAGUGGAUGAGGUCUUGCCCAGUCUUCAGCAACAGCAGGUCUCUGUGUUGGUCCUGUCUGAUAAAUGGAGCUCCUCAGGGGUGGAGAGCUUUACCCAAAAGAUGGACCAGGUCAGCUCUGCACCCCUCUCCCCAAAUGUUACGUCUGGUUUAACUCUGCUCAGUCCAGCAGUUUACAUCUACACCUCAGGAACUACAGGUCUUCCCAAAGCGGCCAUCCUCAGUCAGAUCAAGCUGUUGUUAAUGUCUUUUGUUCACAUGUCAAUGGGACGCACCUCUGAUGAAGUACUUUACAUCAGUCUGCCCCUUUAUCACACCACUGGAUUCAUCGGUGUAGUUGGAGCUAUUUGUCUAGGCAGCACUGUGGCCCUGAGGAGCAAAUUUUCUGUGUCAAAUUUUUGGAAUGACUGCCGAAAAUACAACGCCACUGCCAUUCUGUACAUUGGAGAGACUCUGCGCUACCUCUGCAACACACCUAAGAGCCUCAAUGAUCGGAAUCACAACGUUAAACUUGCGAUUGGGAAUGGCACGCGGCCUGAUGUGUGGAGGGAGUUUUUAACGCGGUUUGGUGACAUAAGGGUCAUAGAGUUUUAUGGAGCGACAGAGAGCAACUGCAGCUUCAUCAACUACUUCAGGAAGAUCGGGGCUGUCGGACGGGACUUCUUUUUGUAUAAGUGGAUGAAUCCUUACGCUUUUAUCAAGUUUGAUGUGGACAGAGGAGAGGUGGUCCGAGAUUCAUCGGGAUUCUGCGUCAAGGUUGCCAGAGGUGAGCCUGGACUGCUCGUGUCCAAAAUAACUCCUUGGGCCCCUUUCAUUGGAUAUAUGGGAGAUAUGAAACAAACUGAAUCAAAACGUCUUCAUAACGUUUUCAAAAAGGGGGACACGUAUUUUAACACUGGAGACAUGUUCUUGGUCGACAAAGAAGGUUUUGUUUACUUCUACGACCGAACUGGAGAUACUUUCAGAUGGAAAGGCGAAAAUGUGGCAACAACAGAGGUAGCGGACAUCUUGACCAUGGCUGACUGUAUACAAGAGGCCAAUGUGUAUGGAGUCUCAGUGCCAGGCAAUGAAGGCAGAGCUGGGAUGGCUGCUAUCGCACUGAAAGAGGGACUUAAGUUUGACCCUACAACUGUGUUUAAACACGUGGUUAAUCUGUUGCCAGUCUACGCCAGGCCACUUUUCAUACGCAUUCAGGAGAGCUUGAGUAUUACCGGCACAUUUAAACAUCAAAAGGGAAAGUUAACAGAAGAAGAAUUCGACCCAAAUAAAAUAUCGGAUCCUUUAUAUUUUCUGGACAUGAAAGAAAAAGAUUAUGUCCCGCUGACAGUAAACAUUUAUGACUCCCUGGUCACAGGAACAAUAAAAGUUUAACACUUUUGAUUCACUUUGAAUAAAUCACUAAGUAACACACUUACGCAAUGUGCCUUUAAGGGCCUAUGCGUGUUCAGACAGACCUGACCAAUAGUGUAUAUAUUUAUUUGGAAGAAAGGCUCAUCCUAGUUCAGCAGUAUUGCAAUACAAAACAAGUUAUAGUAAAGGAACAGGCAAAUUAUGGACGGUAUCUUUUUUUUAUCUAAGCUCAGGAUUUUUUUUCUAAAUAAAAAAUAAUUGCAAACCCCAUAGCAUUUUACCCAAAAUUACACUGUAAGUUCAAUUUAAAGUUUAACCUCUUUAACAUCAUAUCCCAACACAUUGUAGAGUUGGUUCCUGUUGGGAGUCCACAGAGACUGACGCCUACCUCAGCUGCUAUAUUAACGACAGACAGACAACCCUUUGCUCUCAUUUAUAGUCGCUAAUGGGCUCUCAUACAUACAGAAGCGUAGAACGGACAAAAGUGGCUUAAACAUUUUUAAAGGCUUUUUCGUUAUUUUAAGAAAGUAUGAAGUUAAAACAAGAACAUUUUUAAAUGUAAAACAUAAUUAUUACAGGAUAUAACAACUUCAGACUUCAGUUUCUUGUUUUAAUGUGACCAUAACCCAAGCUAUGGCUCAAUCCUAUUUGCCAUGCUUGAGUAACAUCUCCAUGCGGGUGAAGGCAUGUGCACUUUUGGGAAAUAAAAAGAAGCGGGGCAGGGGAAUCAGUGGCAGUAUGUGGGACAUCUUGAGACCAGAGUGUCCAGGCACAGAAGCGCUCUCCAAAGUGGUUGGUUAAUGUACGUGGCACCGGCACAGACACACAUGUGCACAGAUCACUCUUUGAUCAGUGCCACCAACCAUUUGGAAAGGUGCACACCGACAUGCCAUAGCAGCCCAGAACCUGUAAAGGUGUACGUGUACCUUUGGCUAUGCACAGACAGACACACUCUUGAUGUCUGCUCUGGAUGUGGGCUCUGUUUAUGGGCUCUGAAUGUAGGCUUUGAUCUCCAGGUGCAUUGACACAUCUAAAAGAGAGGGGACACAGAUCUUAUUGCAGAAGGUCUAUAUCUACAAGUCAAGAGGACUAGGAGUGUCCUGUGGCCUAUCCUGUCUCUAAACAUGCGCAAAAUGAGAAGUGCUUGGGCUUAUCUGAUGUUCCCCUGUGCAUUGCUACACAUUAGACAGACUCUGUGCUCUGACCUGCUUGAAGUGAUUGGCCCCUGUUCAGUGCAUUGGAUAUGACCUAAUAUGUUUGCUUAAUAUGUUCGCUUAAUAUGUUCGCUUAACUUGUAAUGAUUGCGUUUUAAUGAGAAAGUGUUCUGGUUUAUUCAUAAUAACGAAUAAAGCCUGUAAAUAUGUUUAAUCCACCUUUGACAGUUUUACAUUGCCAUAUAUAUGUGGUUGUGCCUUGCAGCUUAUUAUACAUAUGUCUGAAUAAUGAAAGUAUAAAGUAAAUAAUGAUAAAAGUGUUUUCAAGAGUGUGUCCUAACUUGCAAUUGUUUUUCAACAGCUCCAUUUUAAUAUUGAUUUAUUUGUUUUAUUGUAUGCCAAAGUGGAAGUUACAAAGUCAACAACGCAUCACUUUGGCCCUUGUGCUCUUGCUGUGAUUAAAUAAAGGUUAUAUGUAAAAGUU